CUCUGAUCAUCCUACCCAAACCAUCCCAUCGCUCCAUCCGACUAACCCACACCAUGGAACCACACGCUUCACAGCCAAACAGCACCGACCAUGAACAAUCCCCCAUUAUCACCAAAUCCCUGAGACAAACUCUCCUCGCCCCAUUCAACCCCGAAAACGCAUCCGCAGAAAAGCUCUGCACAGCGCCAAUAGAAUACACCCAAUCCCUCCCCGGCAAAAACACCCUCUCCAGCUUCAUCGAGAGUCUUACCGAAUGGUUCCCGGUCAAGGAAGAAUACACUGCACCCCUGCGCGAGAUAACCUCCACCCUCUUCACCACGAUCCUCAUAUUAGAUGAUAUAGAAGACUCCUCCCCGCUCCGCCGGGGCCAUCCCUCCGCGCACACGCGGUUCGGAACCGGACCGACCGUCAACGCAGCCACAUACGCCCUGAUCACCCUGACCGCCUCUAUCCAGCAGCAUCUCGGGCCCCAAGCACUGGGUAUUUUCCUCGAGGAGAUGCAGAAUCUCGGAAAAGGGCAGGCGCUGGAUCUUCACUGGACAUUCACCAAGAAAUGUCCAACGGUGGAGGAGUAUCUGGGCAUGGUGGAUCUCAAGACGGGGAGUCUGUUUCGAUUGGUGGUGCGGUGGAUGGUGCUCGGGGCUAGCGGGGAGGUGGAUGAGGAGAUGGUGGGAUUGGUUACCUUGCUGGGAAGGUAUUAUCAGGUCAGGGAUGAUUUGUUGAAUUUGACGGGAGAGUAUUCGGUGACUAAAGGUUGGUGUGAGGAUUUGGAUGAGGGGAAGUUCUCGUUUCCGCUAGUUUGGUUGUUGAGAGUCCAGGGGGGUGAGGUUGGCGAGGAGGUUUAUGGACUGCUUUUUGGUGAUGCUGGGGAUAGAGGGGAGGGAGGAGGGGUCUCUGAUGAGGUGAAGGAGAGGGUGGUUGAGCUUUUGAAAGGUGCCGGCACGCUAGAGUAUACGGGGAAGGUGUUGGUGGAGAUUCUUCAGGGGAUUAUGGAGAUGUUGGGCAAAGUUGAGGGGAGACUGGGGGUUAAUGCUGGGUUUCGGGGGUUGGUUUCGCGUCUGAGGGUUUGAGCAGUGCAGUCUCCAACAGACGAUUGGCGUCUAUGUAUGGUUCAGGGGAGAGAUGAGAGAUGGAUAUGCCGUUUCUUUCUGUACAAGGGACUGGCUGAGAGCAUGGGACCCAGAACGUUUGCAUUGGCCCUUACCAUCCCCCACAAUCAUGCGAGCAAGGUCCCACUGUAAUCUGGGUCAUUGCGGUCACAGGUCAGUAGCACGAAGCAGUUUCUAUCAAGAUGAUACGGAUU